AGAUAAGGCCAACGGAAUGUUGCGGAAAUACAAGAUUGUGUUUCUCGGAGACCAAGGCGUGGGUAAGACCUCGCUUAUCACCAGAUUCAUGUACGACACAUUUGAGGACCAAUACGCCGCCACGAUUGGAAUCGACUUCUUGUCCAAGACGAUGUAUUUGGACGACAAAACGGUCCGGUUGCAGUUGUGGGAUACCGCGGGCCAGGAGCGAUUCAGAUCGUUGAUCCCGUCUUACAUCCGCGACUCGCACGUCGCCGUGAUCGUGUACGACAUCACGUCCCAGAAGUCGUUUGAGAUGGUGGAGAAGUGGAUCGAUGACGUUAAGGUCGAGAGAGGUGAGGAUGUAAUUAUCGUUAUUGUCGGGAACAAGUCCGACUUGAUUGACAAGAGACAGGUAUCACAGGAAGACGGGGAGAAGCGCGCCAAAUUGAUGGGUGCCUCUGUGUUUAUCGAAACCAGUACCAAGGCCGGCCACAACGUCAAACCAUUGUUCAAGAAGAUUGCACAGGCCCUACCAGACUUUGAGAGUGCCAACAAGAAGGAGGAGGAGGCGGAGAACAUUGACAUUUCUGCCGACGUCCCCGUCGAUGCCGCAUCGUGUCAGUGUUGAUCUCCCCAGCAUUUGUAUACUACUGUCAUUUAUCUUAUGUCACCUAAUACGACUUAGAGAACUUUUGCGAUGUAGGGGGAGGAUGGCUCUCCAAAAACUGAGGCCACGAUUUGAGAGACCGAUAAUGCGUGGAAUUUUCGGAGAGGACUUUGACGAAUGUUAACUCAAACUGUAAAUUGAGCCUUUAACUAUGCUAAAGACGUUAGAAAUGUAUCGUAUAGCCAGCUAGCACACCUUUUCGGUAAAGUAGCGAGGAUAUCUAACUCUAUGAUCGUCUUCCUGUUUCACCCUUUGGCCAUGGCUGUUCCUUUAUUAGAUAAUUCUGCCAGU